CACCCGGAGGAAACCCACAGGGUCACAGGGAGAACGUGCAAACUCCACAUAGACAGCACCCGAAGUCAGGAUUGAGCCGGGGUCUCUGGCGCUGUGAGGCAGCAGCUCUACACACCAUGUGUGUGUGCUCCCCCCUCACCUGCUCACACAAACAGCAGCGACCUUAACUGGACCUUUGAUGCAUCACGUUACCUUUUGGAAGUUGUUUAAUGCACUGGAACGUCCUUGGGCCAAGUUAAAGGCCCAAGUUAAUACAAAUACAUUCACACCCUUCAAAAUGCAAAUGCCAUCAUUGUGCGACUGAUAUGCGGCUCAGGCUGUUUCAGGCUCUCAGCUCCACACGUUCUCAUUGCAAAUAGGGCAAUUGAAUUAAAUUAAGUCCUGUUAUGCUUCACCCCUGGGGGGGACUAACAGCCAUUCCUGGCAUGAGUCAGGAGCAAAUCUAUGGGUAAACUACAUUUUAUUAACAGGCACUGUAUUAAAUGUGCCACAAUGGCUUGAUAAGGAGACACUUGCUCGUUAAAAAAGAUUAAUAAGAUGUUAAUGUACAAAUUCUUGCUUUUCAUUCAAUGGCAUUACCCUCAAAAGCCAAGUUGCAUACAAAUUCGGAAGCAUCCAAUUGAGACGAAACCCAGUUAUAUGUAAGGGGUUGAAGACUUGUGACUAAUUCUGGGUGUUUCUAGCAAGCCAGGACUGAGGCAUUUGAGCGGAGAGUUGGAGGUGAAGGUGUGUGUUUAUUCCUGGCACAAGGACCACAUCGCUUCCAUUUCCAAGGGCUCUCUUGUGUUCUCGCCACUUAAACUGUGGCAUGUGCCCUGGAUUAGAACGUCCGCAGCUGAGUAAGCCCAUAGUUUCCACCCAGCUACGUGCCUUGCACACUGGCACAGCCCCGGGAAAGGACCAGGCCAACGACAGGACCUCCGCAGUAGAUUAGCGGAUAUCUCACCACGUCAUGUUCAAGUACCUCCGCGGGAGAUUCCCCUGUAACCGCUCAGGGCGGGAGCGGCGGAGGGCUCGUCUGGUCUCCAAGGAUGGAAGGUGUAACAUCGAGUUUGGGAAUGUGAGGGAGCAUUCAAAUGUUGGCUUCCUUGCGGAUAUUUGGACAACGGUUCUUGAUCUCAAGUGGCGGUACCAGAUGGCCAUCUUCAUCACCGCGUUUCUAGGCAGUUGGUUUCUCUUUGGCUUGCUGUGGUACGCUGUGGCUUACGUGCACAGGGAUCUGCCCGAAUUCGCCCCUUCCAACAGCCACAUACCUUGUGUGCAGAACAUCAAUGGGUUGACUAGCGCCUUCCUCUUCUCGCUCGAGACUCAGGUCACCAUCGGUUACGGCUUCCGGUGCGUGACGGAGCAGUGCGGCGAGGCGAUCUUCCUGCUGGUGGCGCAGUCUAUCCUGGGCGUCAUCGUCAACUCCUUCAUGUGCGGCGCGAUCCUGGCCAAGAUCUCCCGGCCCAAGAAGCGGGCCAAAACCAUCACCUUCAGCAAGAGCGCCGUGAUCAGCAAACGCGGUGGCAAGCUCUGCCUCCUCAUCCGAGUGGCCAACCUCAGGAAGAGCCUGCUAAUCGGCAGCCACAUCUACGGCAAACUGUUGAAGACCACGGUGACCCUGGAGGGCGAGACCAUCAUCAUGGACCAGGUCAACAUCGAAUUCGUAGUCGACGCUGGCAACGAGAACCUGUUCUUCAUCUCCCCCCUCACCAUCUACCACAUCAUUGAUAAAACCAGCCCCUUCUAUGAGAUGUCUGCCGAGACCAUCAAGGAGCAGGAUAUUGAGCUGGUGGUCUUCCUAGACGGCACAAUAGAAGCCACCAGUGCCACGUGCCAGGUCCGGACAUCCUACAUCCCAGAGGAAGUGUUCUGGGGCUACCGCUUUGCACCCAUUGUUUCCAAAUCUAAGGAGGGGAAAUAUAGGGUUGACUUCUCCAACUUUGGCAAGACAGUGCAGGUGGACACCCCUCACUGCGCAUACUGCCUAGAGACUGAGAAGGAGAUGAAGGACAAUGCGAAGAGGUCCUAUGACAACCUGGCGUUGCAGGUCAAUGAGGUCAAUGAGACCAAGAUGUGAAAGUGUAUUUGAAACCGUGAACAACCUUGCGCUGGUGCCUCUCACUGCUUUUACAGGUCAUUUAUAUACCCCGUGCACAAUGAUCGCUGCCCCUGUACGCAGGGCGUACAAUCUCAGCGACUCACGGGCCAGCCGUGAUACCAGGCGGGGUUGUUGCAGCAAGAUGGGGUCGAGUGAGGGGAACGACGCAGGUCAGCUGCGAAGCAAGGAUCGACUGCCCAAGCUCACGUGUCAUAAAUGGAAGGGUCUCUUGUGCCAGGAGUGAUAUAGAGGCCUCUCUCACACCCGGUGUGAUAAUGAGAGGGGAGUAUCAUACGCCAGCCGUGAUAAUACAUGGUCAUAGUCAUGGAAACACGCCGUUUGCCCCAACUUGCCUCUUCCAACCAACAUGUCCCAUCUACACUCGUCCCACCUGCUUGCAUUUGACCCAUAACCCUCUAACCCUGUCCAAUCCAUGUACCUGUCCAAAUAUUUUUUAAACAUUGUGAUAGUACCUGCCUCAAUUACUUCCUCCAUACACCCACCACCCUUUGUGUAAAAAAGUUGCCCCUCAGGUUCCUAUUAAUUUCCCUUCACGCCUUGAACCUAUGUUCUCUGGUUCCCUCGCACCAUUUGGACAGCGCAGUGGUGCAGCGGGUAGAGCUGCUGCCUCACAGCGCUGAAGACCCAGGUUGGGUCAUGACCUUUGGUGCUGCAUGUGUGGAGUUUGCAUGUUCGCCCUGUGAACGAGUGGGUUUCCUCCGGGUGCUCCGAUUUCCUCACACAUCCCAAAGAUGUUGGGUUUGAAGGUGAAUUGGCCCUCUGUGAAUCCCCCCUAGUAGAAACAUAGAAAAUAGGUGCAGGCCAUUCGACCCUUUGGGACAGCACCGCCAUUCAUUGUGAUCAUGGCUGAUCGCCACCAAUCAAUAACAUGUGCCUGCAUUCUCCCCAUAUACCUUGAUUCCACCAGUCCCUAGAGCACUAUCUAACUCUCUCUUAAAUCCAUCCAGUGAUUUGGCCUCCACUGCCCCAUGUGGCAGGGAAUUCCACAAAUUCACAACUCUCUGGGUGAAAAACGUUUUUUCUCACCUCAGUCUCAAAUGGCCUCCACUUUAUUCUAAAACUGGAGGAGUUCCUGCUUCUGGACUCGCCCAACAUUGGGAACAUUUUUCCUGCAUCUAGCUUGUCCAGUCCUUUUAUAAUUUUAUAUGUUUCUAUAAGAUCCCCCCACAUCCUUCUAAACUCCAGUGAAUACAAGCCUAGUCUUUUCAACCUUCCCUCGUAUGACAGUCCCGCCAUCCCAGGGAUCAAUCUCGUCAACCUCAUGGAGAGUGGAUGGGAAAGUGGGAUAGCAUAGAACUAGUGGAGGGUGGGCAGCGUGGGUGGACUCAGGUGGGCCAAAGGGCUUGUUUCCAUGCUGAACCUUUCAAUCAAUUCAAUCAAAACAGCAGGUGUGGAGUGGAGCGUUUAAGAAGGAACUGCAGAUGCUGGAACAAUCGAAGGCAGCCAAUAAUGCUAGAGAAACUCAGCGGGUGAGGCAGCAUCUAUGGAGCGAAGGAAUGAAUGACCUUUCAGGUCGAGACCC